AUGAGGAUGGGUGAUCUGUAUGAUUUUGAAGGCUUUUCAUCAUUCAAAGCAUCAACGUCAAACAAUUAUACCAGUAUUACCUCAAAACAAAAACUUGAUUUCGUAAGUUUUACCAACGCGUAUGAAUCUAUGAAAAAUGAAAGUAAGUGGAAAUUGACAAGCGGAAAAGUGGUGGAAGAUUCCCUCUACGAAUUUGGAUUAAAAUGCAUGGACGAACACUUAUCACAUAGCUUUAUUUUAGAUACAGAAGAUAUUUCUUACAUCAAUGAAGGUAUUUUUAAUGAAAGUGAAAUGAAGGAAAUUCGCGAUAGUAAAGUUCAAAAUUUACCAGUACUUCCAGACGACCUGUUAGACUAUAUUGUGAGUUUUGAGAAAAAUAAUAUACAAGAGCUUCGACAAACUCUCGACAAACCAUAUAGUAAUAGCACUCAUUAUAACCGCGAACUCCAUCAUGAUUUCGAUUGGUUCAAAUUAGUGAUGCAUUCACUGAUUCGCGAAUAUGAAAGUGGAUCUUUAAAAGAAGAACAUCUAGAAAAUUGGUAUAAUAUUCAUUUAUGGGGACCUAUAAUAGAUCAAUGUUUUUCCAAUAUAUCUGACAUGGAAAUGGUUAGAAGCGAAUCGGCAAGCGUCACAUCUGGAUUAAGAAAGAAUGUUGGUAGAACAAUCGCUGGGAAAAGCUUUCUUACAAGGUGGAAAAUCGGGAGGAAGGGUGACCUUAUAAUAAGAACAGCUGGAAAUCUGGAGUUCGGAAGCUCUGAAGCAGGAAGAUUCUUUAAAAGUGAAAAAGGCACUAAAUGGAUGGUAGAAAGUGGACUAAAAUUACCAAAAAUGCUAAAAGAUAUGUUAGUGCAAUUGGCAAGCGAAGUAAAUUGGUCCAAACCAAUAUUACAAAAGAUAAGAACUGUUGGAUUUGUACAUGGAGGCUCUCGUCUAAUGACUGUUGAGUUAGAUUGCCCUGAAGGUUAUGUAUGCAGAAUGCGUCGUAGUCAAAUUUUCAAAGUGGCAGAUAGUGUGUUAACACAUAGUAGAGAAACAUUACCCUUAUUGUCCGUUACAUGGAAAGCAAAGGCAAGUUAG